ACUCAUAAGUCGACUCAACACAGUGCAGACGAGCUGAUAAGCGCUGUACUACACGAAGCGGGGUGACGUUAGUCGUCUUUGACCUCGAGAUUAGACUGACUGCUGCCUAACUAGCAAGAUGGCUGUAGCGUCAAAAACAAGAGGAGGAUUACAUUUCCAAGGUAACGAACAAUGUGACCAAUGUGAACGGCUUCGACGAAGAAUUCAUGCGGGGGAACCUGUCAUAGCUGGAAGAUGCCUUCCUCAAACAUGCAUGUUCAAAUUACACUGGGAUGUAAGUUUCAUUAAUCCCCCAACAGAAAGGUCAGGCAGAAAUGUCAGAAAAGCCAAACGUCUUAACAUGUGUGAGACUCUUGCGAAGUACGUAACAGCCUUGAUGAAUUCACAUGGAGGUUCAAUACUAAUUCACCUUGCUGGCUUAUCAGAUGAUGAUUUCUACCAUGGCUUUUUGGAUGAAAUGGUUUCUGAAAAGUUACAUUCAUUGCUACAAAGAGGCAAGUUAUAUUCCAAUGCAUUUAAGAUUGUUUCACUUGGAGAAUUGGAAUAUAUAUACAGAGAAUAUGUUCUCUUUUGUGUAAAUGGUAGCUUGCAAUUUGUAACACAAGCACUAAACACAUGUGUAGCCUUAGAUGAUAGGAUCCUAGAGGCCCCCACUGAGGUUGUGUCAGACAUCUUGAUGUCAAAACCCCAAGCUAGGAAAAUGACUCCAAAGAUACGUGGAACACGCUUCUUCAAAGAAACUCAAGAAGUACAAUUCAAACGGUUCAAACCACCAUCUUUUUUGGAGGAAGACCUGAAGAAUAAUCCAGAGAAGGUCGCACUGUACAUUUGGGAGGAACUUGGGCUUCGUGAAUACUUGACAGCCUUUGCAAAACUUCCUGAAGGAGGGUCAUAUUUUCUCGGAGUAGGAGAAAAGGAGAUGAUAUUUCAACGAUACAAGACUAAGAAAAUUGAAUUUGAAGGCAUUCCUGAGGGUUUUGUGGACGAACGGGUCAUGCGUCUAUUAAAGAAAUUCUUUAGCAGCAGGACACUCUUUUGCGACUUUCAUGGGGAGUUUGGUAGCCCGCAAUGCUCCAACUUCAUCACCCAUGUUCACCACAAUGAGCUUCGUAAAACUGUCUUGGAAUGUUCCAUUGCUCAAAUGAGUGGUUUAUUGUUUUAUGUCAACUCUGGACCUGUGUCGUACCAAGUACAAAAUGGAAAACUCAGACAAGUUAUGCAAAGGGAGUGGUUUGAUGCAAUCACCAGGAAACACCUAAAAGAUGGUUCGGCAAAACACCGCACUUGGGAUUCUACUAAAAGUCACAAGAAUUUGAACAGAAAAGAGUCACAUGUUGUAAAGACAUUGAUUGAACGAGUAUCAGAACUCCACGAUGAGGAGUCAAACGUACCGUGUUUCACACACAUAGAAGAGUCUAUACGAUCUGCACUGAAGCUUUCUCCUGGCAUACUCCCUCCGCGUGGAAUUAUCCACGAAGCCGUCAUUUUAAUUCCCAAUAGGUUCGGACUUGUGUUAGCAGUCUGUCAUUGUGAUAGCCAUAAUACGGACAUCCUCACUCACACCUGCCUACUUGGCCGAGACCUUGCAGCUGCUCUAAGACAUUACACAAGUGACAAUUUCGUCUUUCUUACGGAAGUAGUAUCAAUCUCAGACAUCGAAUCAAGGAAGACCUUCACAGCGAUGAUAAAAGACCUUGAAACUUAUGCAUAUUCAAUAUGCAUUCCUGACAUGUUUGGAAUGAGAGACAGCAUACGUCAGCAUCUUAUCCGCGCCAUACGAGUAUGUACAUUACAAGGAGACAAGGAUGAGCAUGAACGAGAUGAAACGGAAAAGCUGAUGAAAGCAUUCAGAGAAUAUCACAAAAUUGCCAACAAAGUAUGCGAAAGACUGUCGGAUAUUGCAAAAGAUAUUGAUGAACUUGAACAGAACAAGCGACUAACCAAAGUAAUUUGUGCUAGUACGGGACUCAUUGGGGCAGCGAUGUCAAUAUCUGGCUUCAUCAUACUUGGCCCAUUAGGGGUGCCAGUUGCACUUGCGGGUGCUGUUGUUGGUAUCAGCGGGGGUGUAGGUGAUGUAGCAGCAUCAAUAGUUGUGCAAGAAAAAACGAAGGCAAACAUCAAAGAAGCCAAAAAGCAUUUGACGGAAUUCGAGAAUGUUUGCAAACGAAUAAAGAAGGAAAUGAGCAAUAACGAGGUGCGUAUCAUAACAACGCUGUUCGAUGCAGCAAGCCGUGCCGUGUUGUGGUCUAUUUUCAACGUAAUGGAUGAUAUCGUUGCAGCCGGACUAAAAGUAUCAAAGGCUUUAGGAGUAUUCUUAUCUGCGCUACUGGUACCAUUGGACGUCUACAAGUUGAUUUCUAAUGUUGUGGAAUUAAUAGAAAGAAGACCAUCGGCUGUUGCUCAACAACUCCGCAUUAAGGUUAAUGAGAUAAAAGAAGCUUCAAAACUUUUGGAAGAUAAGAAAUCACUUCUUGCAAAUCUCCUUACUUCUGAGAGACAAGGAAGCCAUGACUGACUCAAAUUUACGUACAACUACGACAGUAUUUGGGCAGGAAGUAUAUAGACUAUUGCCGAGCGCCAGGCAGAGUGACAACAAGUACCAUCUUUUAAAGUCUUUUGGUAUGACGCGACCGGGGAUAAAAAAAACCGACCUCCUCCGGGCGGAUGCUCUACCACCAGACCACGGAGGCGGUCAGAUAGAUCAUGUAGCUUUAUCAAUGGCCUCCAGGUUUUAUAACAAAAGCCCAACGCAUCAAGGAAUGAUGUUUUUCCUUAACUUUGUCAUGUGGUAUGGUUGUGUACAAAGCUUUUCGAACAAAUCCUUCGAGUGUUUUAUAAUCCACCUGAUAUUAAUUCCACUUGUCUCAAAUACUCUCAGUGAAUAUCCACAAAGCCCUGCCAUGAUAUUAUCGUGGAUUAUGAUUAAUCUUUGAGACGGGGAUUUGGUGGUACAUUUGCUGGACAAAGCAAUAUCUCUCUCUUUUUAUUAUGUGUUUGCCUAUCUUAAAAAAUGGUUCAAAUGUUGUUAAAUAUUCAAUGCUUUUAAACUGCAUUUGAAAUACACGAUUCGAAAAGCGUUCAAGAUAUGUUAAGGAAGCCUUAAAUAUAUAGGCAAUCAUUAUUAACAACUGUCACUGCUGCGCAAUGCAAGGUCGUGAAUGUGUGCAACACUCUUGGAUUCAUAAUUAUGGGGCCCGUGAAGACGCCGGGGUAGAAUAGGUCUUCAGAAACCCAUACUUGCCGUAAAAGGCGACUAUGCUUGUCGUAAAAGGUGACUAACGGGAUAGGGUGGUCAGGCUCGCUGACUUUGUUGAUGCAUGUCAUCGAUCCCAAUUGCGUGGAUUGAUGCUCAUGAUAUUAAACCCCUGAUUGUCUGGUCCAGACUCGAUAGAUGUUAUUUCCAGACAUCAGACUCGUCAAAAAGUUCCUGGGGUCAGUUGAAGAGAAGUUAUGCACCUGCGGUUGAGAUUGACUACAGUCGGCAUCUGAGGCAGGUCGACUGACCGUGCAGAUGGGUCCGGCUCGGUGUGUGGGACAGACGUAAACAAAGGGGAAUAACUCUUUAAUGUUUUGAUUCAGGAGAAAGUAGUUCCUUGUUUAUAUCAGUCACUAGUGACGGAUAUAACUUUUUUUAUAUCAGUCACUAGUCACUGAUAAAUUCCAGUAUUUCAUUCCUAUGUAUAUAAUAAAAAUAUCUUUAUCAA